AUGAAAGCAGUUGAAGUGAGCACACAAAGAAAGUUCUCCGAAUUUAUUAACAAAUCAAAUUUAACGGUGGUUGAUUUCUUUGCAACCUGGUGUGGACCAUGUAUGCAAGCUAAACCACUUUUUGAAGCCUUAGCUGCUAAAUAUCCUUCAUCCAACUUUAUUGCAGUCAAUGUAGAUAAUUCCAGUGACAUUUCUUCGGAAUAUGGAGUAUCAUCACUUCCAACCUUUAUGUUCUUCAAAAAAGGAGCUAAACUUGGGCAAGUCAUCGGAGCUGAUUUGAAUAAGGUCGAAGAAAUGAUCAAAAAACAUGGAACUGCUGUUUCCGGUGGAAGCUUUCCAAUGACUGGUGGCAGAGUUUUGGGUUCUUCCUCAAGCUCAUCAACAAUAUAUCCCAAUUUAAUCACAGGUGGAGGAUCUUCUGCUUGGGGGAUGUUCAAUCCAUUAAUAAGAAAAGCGAAUACUAUUCCUGUAGAACAACGACCUGUUUACUUUUUGGCUGGUGUAGUUUGUGUGUACAUGGUGUUGAGGUUCGUGUUAAAUAUUCUGUUCAAAUAA